AUGCGGACGGAAGAAUGUGGACAGAAAAAGUGUGGACGGAAGAAGUGUGGACAGAGUGUGGACGGAAGAAGUGUGGACAGAAAAAAGUGGCGGACGGAAGAAGUGUGGACAGAAAAAGUGUGGAACGGAAGAAGUGUGGUGACAGAAAAAGUGUGGACGGAAGUGCGGAACGGAAGAAGUGUGGACAGAACAGAAGUGUCGGACUGGAAAAAUGCGGACAAGAAUGUGGACAGAAAAAGUGCGGACGGAAGAAGUGGACAGAAAAAAGUGCGGACGGCGGAGUGCGGACGGAAGAAGUGCGGACGGAAAAAGUGCGGAGGAGAAGUGACGAAAAAGUGCGGAAUGCGGACGGAAGAAGUGCGGACGGAGAAGUGUGGACGGAAAAGUGGCGGACGGAAGAAGUGUGGACAGAAAAAGUGCGACGGAAGAAGUGUGGACCAGAAAAAGUGCGGACGAAAGAAGUGUGGACAGAAAAAGUGCGGACGAAGAAGUGCGGCAAGAAGUGUGGACAGAAAAAGUGCGGACGGAAGAAGUGUGGACAGACAAAGUGCGGACGGAAGAAGUGUGGACAGAAAAGUGCGACUGGAAGAAGUGUGGACAGAAAAAAGUGCGGACAAUGACGGAAGAAGUGUGGACAGAAAAACAGUGCGGACGGAAGAAGUGGACAGAAAAACGUGCGGACGUGUGGACGAAGAAAAAUUGCGGACGGAACGAAGUGUGACAGAAAAAGUGCGGACGGAAGAAGUGUGGACAGAAAAAGUGCGGACAAGAAGAGGUGUGGACAGAAAAAGUGCGGACGGAAGAAGUGUGGACAGAAAAAUGCAGGACGGAAGAAGGUGUGGUACAGAAGUGCGGACGGAAGAAGUGACAGAAAAAAGUGUGGACAGACGAAAAUGCGACGGAAGAAAAGUGUGGACAGAAAAAGUUGCGGACGGAAGAAGUGCGGGUAGGAAAAGAGCGGACGAAAAGAAGUGGCGGACUGAAAAAGUGUGGACGGAAAAAGUGGCGGACGGAAGAAGUGUGGGACAGAAAAAGUUGGCGGACGGAAGAAGUGGUGGACACAGAAAAAGGUGCGGACGGAAGAAUUGCGGACGGAAGAAGUGGUGGACAGUGCGGACGGAAGAAUUGUGGACAGAAAAAGUGCGGACGGAAGAAUGGGGACAAGAAAAGUGUGGACAGAAAAAGUGCGGAAAAACGGAAAAGAAGUGCAGACAGGAAAAGAGCGGACGAAAGAAUUGUGACUGGAGUGUGGAACAUAAAAGUCGGACGGAAGAAGUGUGGACAGAAAAAGUUGCGGACGGAAGCGUGGGGACAGAAAAAGUGUGGCGAAGAAGUGUGGAACAGAAAAAAGUUGCGGGAACGGAAGGAAGUGUGGCGGAAAAAGUGCGGAACGAAUUGAAGUGUGGACAGAAAAAGUUGGCGGACGGAAGAAGUGCGGACGGAAGAAAGUGUGGACAGAAAAAGUGCGGACGGAAAGAAGUGUGGGACAGAAAAAAGUUGCGGGACGGAAGAAGUGUGGACAGAAAAAGUGCGGACGGAAAUAAGUUCGGACAGAAAAAGUGCGGACGGAAGAAGUGCGACGGAAGAAUGUUGGACGGAAAAAGCGGAACGGAAGAAGUGUUGGACAAAAAGUGCGGAAAAACGGAAGAAGUGCGGACAGGAAAAAGUUGCGGACGGAAGAAUGUGGACAGAAAAAGUGCGGACGGAAGAAGUGUUGGACAGAAAAGUGCGGACGAAGGAAGGGUGGGCGGACGGAAGAAUGUGGAAAAGAAAAAUGGCGGACGGAGAAAAAGUGUUGGACAGGACUUGGCGGAACGGAAGAAGUGUGGACAGAAAAAGGGCAGACGGAAAAGUGUCGACAGAAAAAGUGCGGACAAGAAGUCGGAACAAAGAGUGGCGGACGGAAGAAGGUGCGGACGGAAGAAGUGUGGACAGAUUGCGGACGGAAAAUGUGGACGAAAAAGUGCGGACGGAAGAAGUGUGGACAGAAAAAGUGCGGACUGGGGGAAGAAGUGUGGACGGAGUGCGGACGUAAAAGUGUGGACAGGAAAAAUUGCGGAACGGAAAAGUGCGGACGGAAGAAGUGUGGACGAAAAGUGCGGACGGAAGAAGGAAAAAGUGCGGACGGAAGAAGUGUGGACGAAAAGUGCGGACGGAAGAAGUGUGGACAGAAAAAGUGCGGACGGAAGAAGUCGUGGACAGAAGAAAAAGUGCGGAACGGAAGAAAAAGUGCGGACGGAAGAAGUCUGUGGACAGAAAAAGAAGUGCGGACGGAAGAAGUGUGGACAGAAAAAGUGCGGACGGAAGAAGUGUAGGAAAAAAACAGAAAAAGUGCGGAAAAACGGAAGGGAAGUGUGGACAGAAAAAGUGCGGAACGGGAGGAAGAAGCGGAAAAACGGAAGGAAGUGUGGACAGAAAAAGUGCACGACGGAAGAAGUGUGGACAGAAAAAAGUGCGGACGGCAAGAAGAAUGUGGACAGAAAAACUUUUGAAGUGCGGACGGAAGGAAGUGUUGGGGACAGAUUGCGGACGGAAGAAGUGGUGGACAGAAAAAGUGUGGACGUGAAGAAGUGGUGGACAGAAAAAGUGCGGAGGAAGGAAAGUGUGGACGGAAAAAUGCGGACGGAAGAAGGUGGGACAGAAAAAGUGCGGACGGAAGGAAGUUUGUGGAUCAGAAAAAGUGGGACGGAAGAAGUGUGGACAGAGGCAUGA